GUUGUGUGGCUGGAUAGGGGCGGGGUUAAGGGUUGGAAGCGGCUUUGUUAACAUGGCAACCUGUGGCUGCUGCUGGAAUAGAAAUGUGGCGUGUCUGUAGCGCCACCCCUUGGUCACUCAACUUGGACGCAGAACAAAUGAAGUUAGUUGUACGACAUCUGCUGAUAAUCCGAGUCCCACCGCUUUAGCAGAGAUAACAUUCAAGUAGUGUGAGCGUGUAUCUUCUCCUUCAUGAUGGUGUCGUGUAUGGGGUCUCUCUGGGUCAUCCUGUCACUCAUUUUGACCCUCAUUUCAGGAUUCAGUUUAAUGUCUUCUGCAUGGUACAAGACCGAUACCAUAUCUUUUGGAGUUUUUGUCCAUUGCAUAGGACCAAAAAACAUGCCAUGCAACCAGACCUGCAUUUAUUACAGAACUUUAGAAGAAAUCCCUGAUAUAUUUGGGAAGAUUGCUGCUGUGUUGCUGUUUGGUGGGUGGCUGUUGCUGAGUUUUGGAGCCGUGCUGGUUUUAUCAUGGACAAUCAUACCAGUGGGACUCUGUCAAAGAAGGGUGUGCACCCCUGCCAGAUAUGCCCAAAUCUCUGCAGUUGUAGUUACAGUCCUGGGCCUCUUGGUUUUCCCAUUCAAUCUCCAUUCCGAGUUCGCUAGGCAGAUCUGCGGCUCAUCUUUUAUUUACAAGAGUGGGGAUUGCUGUCUUGGUUGGGGGUAUAUGAUGGCCAUUGUUACUGUCAUGCUCUCCUGCUUCCUUCCCUUCAUUGGACGUUACAACUUGAAUGAAAUCAAAACCAAGAUCCUGUUGUCUAAAAUGUAAUGGUCUGUGCAGGAAAAAAGAAUGGAUAAUACAAUACAAUGGCAACACAAAAAAGGCAGGCCUCUUAGUGGGAGAAUCUUGCCGACAGUGAGAACUAUGGAUGCGGUGUCUCUGAACCAGCUCAUCUGCAGAUGGGUCUGUCCAAAAGUGGUCUGCGGUUUUCAUCUUUGUGUAUUCCAGAGCGCACGGGCCAACUGUUACGAGACCAGCAAAAAUAGUUUAUGCAUGCUAUGCAAAAGGUAUACAAAAUAAAAUGUACAAAAUGUUAAAUUAAUAUUAUUAUUUCACAAAAUUUGCAAGUUCCAGAGGCACAAUAAAACCUUGCACCAAAUAUAAA